CACCCGCGCCACCCGGAAGCCGCUGUUCCUACCAACAUCUCUUAUUGCCGGCGGCCCUAAGGAGCCCAUCAUGGCGACGCCCCCUAAACGGCGGGCGUUGGAGGCCACGGGGGAGAAAGUGCUGCGCUAUGAGGCCUUCAUCAGUGACGUGCUGCAGCGGGACUUGAGAAAGGUGCUGGAUCAUCGAGACAAGGUAUAUGAGCAGCUGGCCAAAUACCUUCAACUGAGAAAUGUCAUUGAGCGCCUGCAGGAAGCUAAACACUCGGAGUUAUAUAUGCAGGUGGAUUUGGGCUGUAACUUCUUCGUUGACACAGUGGUCCCAGAUACUUCGCGCAUCUACGUGGCUCUGGGUUAUGGUUUUUUCUUGGAGUUAACACUCACAGAAGCCCUCAAGUUCAUUGAUCGUAAGAGCUCUCUCCUCACAGAGCUCAGCAACAGCCUCACCAAGGACUCCAUGAAUAUCAAGGCCCAUAUCCACAUGUUGCUAGAGGGACUUAGAGAACUACAAGGCCUGCAGAAUUUCCCAGAGACUCCUCGCCAAUGACUACUUCUCUCCAUCCUCCAACAUUAAAGAGCCUGAAUGCCUUUGA